AUGAAAUUCCAAGGAGCUCUUAUGGCUUCGUUCGCCGCUUCGGCGGCAGCCUUCCCAUCUAUGGCCACGAAAGAGGACCUUGAGAACUUUCUCAAGCGCAGCCCAGAGCCGGAGGCAAACCCAGAACCUCAGCUCAUCUCGAAUCUUGUUGGUUCGCUCACAAACACUAUCAGCGGCCUUCUUGGAGCCGUCGCCCAAGGUGCUCUCAAUCCUAACGACAAACGUCCGGAACCUGGUUACGAGUUCAAGGCUCCUGGCCCCGGCGACAGCAGAGGACCAUGCCCGGGUCUGAACCUGCUUGCAAACCAUGGCUACCUUCCUCGCAAUGGCCACGUCAACCUGGGCCAAGUCAUCGAAGCCACUGCCCGUGGCUUCAACAUGGGACCCGAUUUGUCGACAAUCUUGGGUGUCUUCGCCAUACUUGGUAAUGGAAACAUUACCACAGAAUCUGUGUAUCUGGGGUCUGGCCCAGGAGGCGUUGGAGGUUUGAACAGACACUCCACGGUCGAGGCCGAUAUUUCCCCUAACCGUGAGGACUUCUAUAACGGGUGCGGUGACAACCAUCAUCUUUCAUCACGCCUUUUUAAACAGAACGUCGAUAUCGUUGCGAAGAGUGGAACCAAGCAGUUUGACAUGACCAACAUGGGCACUCAAUACCAGCAAUUCUCCAUGUUCUCCCAAAAGAACAACCCUUACCUCUACUACUUCCCCUUCCCGUUGAUUGUUUCACUUGGCGCUUUUGCAUUCUACCCACAAUUCUUCAGCAACGGUACAUAUGGACUUGGUGGUGUCGCUAACUACGAGUCAAUCUCUUCUAUUAUUGGAGCCAAGUACGACGGCAAUACCGGCGACUUUCAGUACGUUCCUGAGACUUGGCCGGCAAACUGGUACCGUCGCGCCACGCCCUAUGGUGCAGUGCAGACUCUAUUAGAUGCUUUUGUCGCGAUCUAUCCUCGCAACAUUGUUGUACCCGCUGUGGCUCAGCUUGGCACUGGUAACCUCAAUGCCACAACAUUUCUCUGCGAUUUAUACCAGGGGAUCAACUCCGUUGUUCCUCUCUUCGUCGCCGGCACCACCGAGGAGGUUGCUGCUGCCUCUGCAUGGGCCCUCUCCAAGCUUGACCCAUACCUCGGCAACACCGCGCUUGGUUGCCCAACCAGUGUUCUCUCACCCAACGCACCCAGCCUCCUCUUCCCCAACGCAAACAACAAGGGAGGCCCUCUCAACACCCCUCCCAGCGUUGCAAAGAAUGUUGGGGAUAACGUCUACUACAAGACCUACUUUUCGACAGCUCCGGUGACCCCGGCAUGCUAA